AUGGCCUCCAUUAGUCCUUUUACCAUCGACAUACCGCAGGAGAGGCUGAGCGAUCUGCAUAAUCGACUUGCGAACGCAAGAUUACCAGAUGAACUGGACGAAGCUGGCUGGGAUCUCGGUGCCCCCGUUGCCGAAGUCAGGCGUCUGGCGGAGUACUGGAGAGACCGAUUCGACUGGCGGGCGGCAGAAGCUAAGCUGAACCUGCUUCCUCAUUUCCGGACAGAUAUCCCGGUGGCGGGGUUCGGCAUAUUGAAGAUCCACUUCAUACAUCAGAAAUCGCCCAUCGAGUCCGCCAUCCCCCUUUUGUAUGUGCAUGGGUGGCCUGGGUCGUUCUUUGAGGGGUCUAAAAUUAUUCAGGCUCUGUCGGGGGACGGGGUAUCCGAUCCUGCCUUCCAUGUCGUCGCCAUCUCCUUGCCGAACUUUGGCUUCAGUGAAGGCCCCAAAAAGCGAGGGUUUUCCCUCGAGCAGUAUGCGGAGACUUGUCAAAACCUCAUGCAAAAACUUGGCUAUUCGCAGUACGUGACGCAGGGCGGUGAUUGGGGCUACUACAUCACUCGCACUAUGGCCGUGCAAUAUCCUGAUUCGGUGAUGGCCACUCAUCUCAAUUUGGAUCAUGGGUUCUGUCCUCCGGCCUUGUAUAAAUACCCCCACCUGACAGUCGAGAAACCCGUGAUGAGGGAGCCCGAGAUUGGCUCGGCGGGCUCGGAGGGGUGGGGGUGGUUUCUAGAUGAAAGUCAAGGUUAUCGUGCGCUCCAGGCUACGAAGCCCACCGGUACAAGUUACGGGAUCACUGAUAGCCCCGUCGCACUUUUGUCUUGGUUAUAUGAAAAGCUGCAUGAUUGGUCCGACAAGUACCCCUGGUCGGAAGAGGAGGUGUGUAGUUGGGUGAGUAUCUACUGGUUCAGUACCGCGGGCCCGGGAGCCUCGGUAAGAAUCUACCAUGAAGCAACUCAUACCUGGAAGACCGAAAACGCCACACCGCUAAAUCCAGUUCGAACCCCGGGAUGGAUUGAUUCGGCUAAAAUCGGCUAUAGCCAUUUCCCCUUGGGAUUACCAUUCGAUCCUCGUCCGUGGAUUCGCAAGUUGGGCCCGAUCUCCUUCGGCCGUCAUCAUGAGCAUGGGGGUCAUUUUUUUGCCUGGGAGGUUCCUGAUUCGUUUGUUAAAGAUGUUCGCGACAUGUUCCGCCGGGGAGCCGAUGCUCACGGGGUCGUCCCUGGCCAUACCGGGUACAUUCCCUAA